ACUGCAUUGGAAGACUUUUCGCUACAUUGUAGCAUACUAAUUGCAACGCAAUUCGAUGAAUUAAGUGAAAAAAUGGGAGAAACUGCCAGCAAAUUUGAGCAAAGACCGAACACGAAUCACACAAUUUUACCAAAUUAUUUACUCGAAGACUGCGCUAAAUGUGUAAAAAAUUUCAGAGGAACGAAAAAGGAAUAUGUUGGAACAUUCAUCGACCAAAUCCGAGCAGUACAAAAAAUGUUUCACGUGAACGAAAUUGACUUGAAAUUACUCAUCAUAAGGAAACUUUCGGGGCCUGCCGAGGAAUGGUUUCAAUCUAAACCGAGUCAUAUUUCGAUGUCUUCAAGCGAAUUAUUGAGAGAACUUGAACUUUUCUAUGGAAAUCGAUCACAUUUAAUUGACUUACAAGAAAUUUUCCUCUCACGAAAAUGGAAAUGGCAGGAAAACGAAAAUUUUCGCGAUUAUUUUAAAGAAAAAGUAAAACUUGGCGCAAAUUUCCAGCUUCCCGAGCAGAUUUUAGUACAACGCAUCAUCGACGGCAUUGAUAACGUCGAGUGGGAACGUCAACUGAAUGCUCUAAAAAUUGAUAAGACUUCAAUUUUGCUCGACACAAUGGAACGCGCCAUCAAAGAUUACCUCAACAAAGAUAAGAAACCGAAAGUGCAAUGUUGUUACUGCAAAAAAGAUAAUCAUCCGUCGAAUAAAUGUCACUUCAAACCAGAUCCAACGAAAGAAAAGCCCGUUUUCGAUCCUUGUCUGUAUUGCAAAAAGACGAAUCACCCGCCUGAACGAUGUUUCUUCAAAAAUGACAACGAAAAUAGUGACAACACCGACGACGAAGUGAAAGAAAAUACUCGAGAAAAUACCGAACCAUGCAAAUACUGCAAAAAAUCAGGACAUUUGUCAAACAGAUGCUAUUUUAAGAAUGUGUCGAACGAUAAGCGGUCAGAAAUUGCAGAAGCGGCAACGUCUUUCGGUAAAAUUCAUACAGAAACGAAGAAGAAAACCAAGAGUGAAUCUUCUGCUGUUCAAUCUUAUGAAAAAAACUCAAACCAAAAGUCGGAAAAGAAAAAAUUGCGACGUAAAUCUGAAUCGAAGCAGAUGGAAAAUUGCGAUGAAAUUAAAUUUGAAUUCGAUUUUAGUGAAUUUAAUUUUCAAACUUGAAUAUUUUUUUUUAUUUUAUGACAUACAAAAAAAUUUUUUAUAAGGCAA